AUGUCCGCCCAGGCCCGCCGCGGCCCCUCCCGCUGGCACUUCAACAUCGACGCCCACCUCAACCCCUUCAUCCCAGCCUCCCCGUUACCUCGACUGCCCACCCCGAUCGCCCACUUCCUCGGCCACCGCACCCAUGCUCCGUCCUCCUCUGCCGGGGGCCGCCCGCCCCUGGGCAACAUCGCCAUGAUCUUCUGGGCUAUGGUCGGGGUGUUUUCGAGUCUGGCUAUCAUCGGUGCUGUGACGCAGCAUGUCCCUGCUUUUGAAUCCCGCGGUGUUCCGGUUAUUAUUGGGAGUUUUGGCGCAGCAGCAGUCCUAGAUUUCUACGCCCUCGAAUCCCCCCUCGCCCAACCCCGCAACGCCAUCCUCGGCCAAACCAUCUCCGUCCUCGUCGGCGUGAUCCUCCAAAAGCUCUUCUCCCUCUCCCCUCACUUCCCCGCCAUCCGCUGGCUCGGCGCCUCGCUUGCCUGCGCGUGUGCCACAGCUGCCAUGGCGCUCACGGGGACUGUGCACCCGCCUGCGGGCGCGACCGCGUUGAUGGCGGUGUUGGAUCCGGAUGUGGCCGGGUUGGGGUGGUUUUUGUUUGUGCCGGUUUUGCUUGGGUGCGGGUUGAUGUUGGUCGUGGCGUUGGGGGUGAAUAAUGUGCAGAGGAGGUUUCCGUUUUAUUGGUGGAGUCCGGGGGAGACGGGAGGGUUUUGGAAGCGGAGUGGAGAUGGAAAGGAAGGUCGGGAUGGGGGGGAGAAGCAGGAACAAACGGUGAUUGAGAAGGGGAAAGGCGAUGAAGGGGAGGAGUCGAGUGGGAGUGGGAGUAGUAGCGCAGGAGACCUGGAGAGUGGGCGGGGAAGGGGUACGGACGGGGAACUGGCACGGGUCGUGUCGGUGGCCAACGGAAAUGAAGGGGAGAUUGUGGUUCGCCGGGGGAAGGUGUAUAUUCCGGAAGGGCUGUCGCUACGGCCGGAGGAGGUGUUGUCAUUGGAGACGCUGAGCGAGCGGUUAUAG